AUGUCAACCUCAAUGCAGCCGAGCAAAUACACGGGCCUGGUGGCCGACCUCAUGCCCAAUAUACGCGCCAUGAAGUACUCCGGCCUGUUCAUGCAUAACUUCACCGGCGGCAGCUCGCUGACAAAGAAGAUCUAUUCGUCAAUACAUUUGGUGGUCAUUGUGAUGCAGUUGGGCUUUAUACUGGUCAACAUGGCCUUAAAUGCCGAGGAGGUCAAUGAGCUGUCCGGCAAUACAAUUACCACAUUAUUCUUUACCCAUUGCAUCAUCAAGUUCGUUUAUCUGGCCAUCAAUCAGAAAAACUUUUACAGGUAA